AGCCCGAAGAGCCGUUGACCGGAAUUCCCACGAUACGCACAUGGUCAGUAUAUACACGAUGAUACACCGAGGUCUGUAUACGUCGCUCUCUCGAGGAAAUCCCUGGGAACUGUGAUCACUGUACACUCUCUCUCUCUCGCUCUCUCUCUCUCUCUCACCCUCCACUUGUUACAUGUCGCCAUAACAGAGCUGAUGAUUAAAGCUCAAUGACACCUUUCUCUCUCUAAACCUCUCUCUCUCUCCCUCGGCUCCAGGCUCUCUAAUGGCUGAACCACUCCUCCAACAAUGAAGAUCACCAACAAGACUACUACUCCCUUCCCACCGAUUCAGUCCUCGAAAAAAUCCCUCAAAAACCUCUCGCCAGAUUCAGAUCUCUUCCCCAAAUCGAAACCCCACCGGCAGCCUCGUCGGAAACCGCGGAGUCCGGCCGGAGGAGUCAGGUUCAAGAGGGACAGGCCUCCGGCGAGCAAGCAGAGCAGGCCAGGAACCCCUCUGUUGAAGUGGAAGUUCGAUGAGAGAGAGAAAGAAGAAGAGAGGCCUCCGCCGGAGUUUGGUCGGCGGGAGGUGAGGGGGAGGGAGAGAGAGCCGACGGCGGUUUCGGCGAGGAAGCUCGCCGCCGUGCUAUGGCGGUUGCAGUUGCCGGAGGCGACUAUCGCCGCCGCGGCCGAGAAAUCUAGUCAGUUAAAGAAGGAGAAGAACCAGUUAGGGUUUCAGUAUGGAGCCAGUCAUAUUGGGUUGCCAUUUCUUGCUCAUCAAAAUAGUAGACCACGUAGGUCUGAAGCAAAGGAUUUGGAUCUGAGUCCUCGUUCAGUCUGUGGUCCAAGAAAUGGUUAUUCGUGUAAGUUUGAACCUACAUUUCAAUUUUCCAACUCUGGAAUGGAGGGGGCAACAAAAUGGGACCCAAUAUGCUUGAAAACGUCCGACGAGGUACAACAGAUUUACGGUCACUCAAAGCAUCCCAAGGAAAGAGGAAAUUUUGUCUCAGCCAUUUCUGUAAUGGAAGUAGAGCUUGAACAAACUCGAGCGCGUGUCCAUGAUCUUGAGACUGAGAAGCGGUCAUCAAAAAAGAAACUAGAGCACUUCUUAAAGAAACUCAGUGAGGAAAGGGCUGCCUGGCGGAGCAGAGAACAUGAGAAAAUCCGUGCAAUCAUUGAAGACAUCAAAGCCGACUUGAACCGGGAGAGGAAAAAUCGGCAGAGGUUGGAAAUUGUUAACACCAAGUUAGUCAACGAACUUACUGAUGCCAAGGUAUCUGCGAAGCGCUAUAUGCAAGACUACGAAAAGGAGCGGAAGGCCAGAGAGCUAAUAGAGGAAGUUUGUGACGAGCUUGCCAAGGAAAUUGGAGAAGACAAGGCUGAAGUUGAAGAACUAAAGAGGGAAUCCAUGAAACUCCGCGAGGAAGUGGAUGAUGAGAGGAGGAUGUUGCAAAUGGCCGAGGUUUGGCGUGAAGAACGGGUUCAAAUGAAGUUAAUUGAUGCUAAAGUGAUGAUUGAAGAUAAGUUCUCUCAGAUGAAAAGGCUUGUAGCAGAUCUAGAAACUUUUCUUACAUCAAGAAGUGGAACUCUAGACGUGGAGGAGAUGAGACAAGCAGAGUUCCUUCGUCAAGCUGCUUCAUUUGUCAAUAUUCAAGACAUCAGGGACUUUAAAUAUGAGGCGCCGAAUCCGGAUGACAUCUUCUCUGUUUUCGAGGAUGUUAAUUUCGGUGGGGGCAAUGAGAGAGAGGUUGAACAAUGUGAUGGAUAUAGUCCUCCUAGCCAUGCAUCCAAGGUUCAUACUGUUAGUCCUGAAGCUAAUGUGUUUGAUAAAAAGAGUGUUCUGAGACAUUCUAAUGAAUAUAUUGAUCAAAGUGGAGAUGAAGAAGAUGAGAGUGGGUGGGAAACCGUGACCCAUAUGGAUGAUCAGGGGUCGAGCUAUUCGCCCAAUGGGAGCGACCCAUCUGUCAACAAGAUUCGCCGCUACAGCAAUGUGUCAGAAAGUAGAACGGAAUGGGAAGGAAAUGGGUGUCAGGAGACACCGGUUACUGAAAUCAGGGAGGUUUAUGCUGCACCUAAGUCCCAUUUGAAGAAAGUCACAUCCAUAUCGCGGCUUUGGAGAUCGGGCUCAAAUAAUAGCGAAAACGUCAAGAUAGUCUCAGGGGAACAAAAGAACGGGAGGCUCUCAAAUGGAAGGCUUUCUAAUGGGGUCGUGGUUUCUCCAGACAGGUAUUCCGGUAAAGGCGGAAUUAUUGCAGCAGAUUUGAUGGGCCAAUGGAGCUCACCCGAGUCGGGGAAUCCGCACAUAACGCGAGCGAUGAAAGGGUGCAUUGAAUGGCCGCGCGGCGUGCAGAAGAGCAGUAGUUUAAAAGCAAAACUUGUGGAGGCUAAGAUGGAAAGUCAAAAGAUCCAAUUGAAGCACAUUCUCAAACAGAAGAUUUAGAGAGGUGGCAAGAUUCGCAGAGUCGUGUUUGCCUCAUGAAUUUUCUGAUUACAUGAGAUGAAAUCGCGUAGCUUCUGAAGAUUAAAACUGCGCGAAGGUUGUUACAGUUUCGCAGUUACGAUUCGGGCUCCAACAUUUCGACCGUGGUUAGUUCAAAAUCGUUGCUGUAAGGUAUGAAAUCUCAUGAUCAAACAAGGGGGUUAAAUACUUCCAAGAGCUGUUGUAUCACACUUCUAGUGUAGGGUCACCUUUUGCAUAAAGAUUCAUAAAGCUGCUCAAGCUAUAUUUUGAUGUACUACUUUUCUUUGUAUACUUCCAUCAGUUCAUGAACAAUGUUAGUUCUUUGAUUAAGUUGUUCAACAUUAACCUGAUCAAUGACUUGACCUUAAUGCUAAUUAGAGGGACCACGAAAUUGAACA